GCAGCAACCACACAAGAGACAAGCGACAAGGGACAAGCACCGGGGGACGGGCUCAAGAGACAGUACAAGAUUAGAUCAUCAUGCCAGGUCAAGCAGCGGCAUCCAUCAAGCGACGCUCGCCCCUCGCAACCACACUUGCAUGGGCAUCCGUUGGAUCCCUGCUCCUGGGUCUCUCCUAUUACCUCCUCACACAUCUCUCCUCAGAUGCAGGCAAUGCUUCCUCUUCUCCAAAUACUCGCAAACGGCGCAAGAUUGCCAUUGCUGCCUCAGACCCCGAGGAAGUCUUACGCGUGCUGGCGAACGCAGCAGACAUCAAUGAUGACCUCACCGUCUUGCUCUACUGCCCAAGUCAUAGCAAACAACAUGAAGUGCCGAGUCAAAUCAUGCGCAAGCUUCAAAGUCAAGUAUCGCAUGUCUUGCGGUACGAGACGAGCACUGGUGUGAUUCACAUCAGUAGACACAUCUCACCAGAUCUACUGAUCCUACUGCCUUCCAGCGACGCGCAGCAUGCUGCUGCCAUCAAGGACUGGGUGGGACAAGUCGUCAUCUGUGCGCAUACAGGGCCAGAUCAGCUGCUUGCACGAAAUGUCACUUAUGUUGAACCAACAGAGUCGACUUUACUUGUUGGUGCAUUGGCCGUGUAAAUGAUAUUCGAUGCUAUUUCUAUGUUAUGCU